AUCAAAUCUGCUUCUACUGGCUACUGAUAUUUUGCCCCUUCCAGAGGUAUUUAUAACUCCUGAAGGGGUUGCUUUAUGGCUUGAACAACUUUAUUGCUGCAUGUUCAGUGGAAGCAUUUUACAGCUUAAAGCAUCUGAUGAUUUGUGUUAAUCUUAUUAUGCUUGACGUAAGCCACAAUGGGAAGUUUCUCAGUGUAUUAUCAGCAGCGGAUUUUAUGCAUCCUGUUACUUUACUUUGUAGCAAAAGAAACUGAAGCUCUGAGUCCUGAUGGUCAAGCUCUUGUAAACUUUAGGACAUCUAUAACUAAUUCAGAUGGAGUCCUGCUUCAGUGGAGACCAGAAGAUGAGGAUCCAUGUGGAUGGAAAGGAGUGAAAUGUGACUUCAAGUCGAAAAGAGUUACAGCCUUGAGCCUCCCUAACCACAAGUUGGGUGGGCCUAUAUCACCAGAUAUCGGGAAGCUCGAAAGCCUGCAAUUUCUAGCUCUUCAUGACAACAAUUUAUAUGGGGCAAUUCCUCCAGAAAUGGGGAACUGUACGCAGUUGCAAUCAGUAUUUUUGCAGGGUAACUACUUAAGUGGGUUCAUUCCGAUUGAACUGGGAAACCUUCCUCAGCUAGAAAAUCUGGAUCUUUCAAGCAACUCUCUCAGUGGAAGCAUUCCUGCUUCACUUGGGAAGUUAAGCAAACUUUCAAGCUUCAAUGUAUCAACAAAUUUUCUGGUGGGACAAAUACCCUCUGAUGGUGUUCUUGCAAACUUUCAAAGUGAUUCCUUUCUUGGCAACCGUGAGUUGUGUGGUAAGCAGAUUCAGGUAUGCAAGAAUAGUGGUGGUUCUUCGGCAUUUUCUCAGCCUACUGAUUCAGACCUAUCCCAGGCCAAGAAAAAUAAUUCAGGCAGGCUUCUCGUAAGUGCGCUGGCCACAGUGGGUGUGUUGCUUCUGGUUGCGCUUAUGUGUUUCUGGGGCUGUUACAUGUAUAAGAGGCUUGAUAAAACCGAUGACAAAGGCCUUGCUGUGGAUGUCAGUGGAGGGGCCUCGGUUGUAAUGUUCCAUGGGGACCUGCCCUACUCUUCGAAGGAUAUCAUAAAAAAGUUGGAGAAUCUAAAUGAAGAGCAUGUAAUUGGCGCGGGAGGCUUUGGAACAGUGUACAAGCUUGCAAUGGAUGAUGGCAAUGUAUUUGCCUUGAAAAGGAUAGUGAAGGUAAAUGAGGGUUUUGAUCGUUUUUUUGAAAGGGAGCUUGAAAUUCUUGGAAGCAUCAAACACAAAUACCUGGUGAACCUUCGAGGUUAUUGCAACUCCCCGACAUCCAAAUUGUUAAUAUAUGAUUUCCUAUCAGGAGGCAGCUUGGAUGAAGCUCUUCAUGAGAGAGGUGAACAACUAGAUUGGGAGGCUCGGCUAAAUAUUAUAAUGGGAGCUGCAAAAGGCCUCACAUAUCUGCAUCAUGAUUGUUCCCCUCGAAUUAUUCACCGUGAUAUCAAGUCAAGCAACAUUUUGCUUGAUGCAAAUUUCGAUGCUCGAGUGUCUGAUUUCGGACUGGCCAAAUUAUUGGAGGAUGAGGAAUCCCACAUCACAACAAUUGUUGCUGGCACAUUUGGAUAUCUAGCUCCUGAGUAUAUGCAGAGUGGAAGAGCUACGGAAAAAACUGAUGUUUAUAGUUUUGGUGUUCUAGUGCUCGAGAUUUUGAGUGGAAAGCGGCCUACUGAUGCGUCCUUCAUCGAGAAGGGACUCAACAUUGUUGGAUGGUUAAACUAUCUAGUUUCAGAAACUAGACAACGAGAAAUAGUCGAUCCUCACUGUGAAGGAGUUCAAGCAGAAAGCCUCGACUCCCUACUUUCAAUAGCCAUCCAAUGCGUUUCUUCAAUUCCCGAGGAUCGCCCCACCAUGCACAGGGUGGUUCAAAUACUCGAAUCCGAGGUCACCACCCCAUGCCCUAGUGAUUUCUACGAUUCCAACUCUGAUUAAAGAUGCUUAACCAUGGUUACAAAGUGGGGUCCACCAACUCUAUCAUCCACUCCAUUGAAGGGCCAAGUUCAGAACCAUGGUAACAGAGUGGGGCCUGACUUUUAUUUCUUCAUUCUUUCUCCUCAACGUAAAAGCAAAAGGUUCCUCAGUUAGCUCCGCUGCAUCAGGUUUUUCUUUCUUCAUGUAAAUGACAUUUUUGGUCAGUCUUUCGAUCUUUACCUUUGAAUCGACUGUAUAUGAAACUGUUCAAAUUUGUCGGUGUCUCUGCAUAGUGAAUGAUUCUUGUUACUCGACUACAUUUUUUUGUAUAAUAUUUCCAUCUCUAGUUGUUGAUAUACUACGGACUUUUCGAUCA